GUGACGCACUUCCGGGCGGAAGCGGCGGGGCGCCUAAGAUGGCGGCGGCGUGAGUUGCAUGUUGUGGGGCCGCCGGGACCGGAGCCGCCGCCGCCGCGAUGGCGGUGACCGUCACGCUCAAAACGCUGCAGCAACAAACGUUUAAGAUCCGGAUGGAGCCGCACGAAACGGUGCGGGUGCUGAAGGAGAAGAUCGAGGCCGCGAAGGGCUCCGACGCCUUCCCGGUGGCCGGGCAGAAGCUCAUCUACGCCGGCAAGAUCCUGAGCGACGACGUCCCCAUCCGCGAGUACCGCAUCGACGAGAGGAACUUCGUGGUCGUCAUGGUCACCAAGGCCAAAUCAGCCCCAUUGGGCUCUACAGCCCCCGAGCCCGGCGGCACAUCAGAGCCUGCCCCGGCCCCGGGGCCCCCCCCGGCCCCCGACACCGUCCCUCCCCCCCCGGCUGCCCCCAGCGAGGAGCCACCGGCCCCCGACCUGCCCCCGGUCACCCCCCCGGAGCCCACAGCAGGCUCUGUCCCCCCCCCCAAGAGUGGGGGGCGCUCGGCUGAUGCUGCCUCGACGCUCGUGACGGGCUCCGAGUACGAGACGAUGCUGACGGAGAUCAUGUCCAUGGGCUACGAGCGGGAGCGGGUGGUGGCCGCGCUGCGGGCCAGUUACAACAACCCCCACCGGGCCGUCGAGUACCUGCUCACGGGCAUCCCCGGCAGCCCCGAGCCCGAGCGCCCCCCGGUGCAGGAGAGCCGCCCCCCGGAGCAGCCCCCGCCUGAAGGUGAGAACCCGCUGGAAUUCCUGCGGGAGCAGCCGCAAUUCCAGAACAUGCGUCAGGUGAUCCAGCAGAACCCGGCGCUGCUGCCGGCCCUGCUGCAGCAGCUGGGCCAGGAGAACCCCCAACUGCUGCAGCAAAUCAGCCAGCACCAGGAGCAGUUCAUCCAGAUGCUGAACGAGCCCCUGGGGGAACUGGGAGAACUGGAGGGGGAGAUGGGCGCCAUCGGGGACGAGUCCCCCCAGAUGAACUACAUCCAGGUGACGCCUCAGGAAAAAGAAGCCAUAGAAAGGCUCAAGGCUUUGGGCUUCCCCGAGGGCCUGGUCAUUCAGGCCUAUUUCGCCUGCGAGAAGAACGAGAACCUGGCGGCCAACUUCCUGCUCAGCCAGAACUUCGACGACGACUGAGGGGGGACCCCGACCCCAACCCCCCCCUUUACCCCUCCCCCACCCCCCAUCCCCCUCUUUAAUGGGGGAGGGGUGAGAUUUAUCCCCCUCCCCCCCAGCCCAUUCCUCCCUAUUCCCAUCAAUGGGAGGAGCAGGGAAUGGUGGGAUCCCCCCUCCCCCCCACACUCCCCAUUCACCCCCAGGGGGAAAAGGAGCGUUGGGGGGGGGGGGGGGGGCAGGAAUUUGGGGGUGGAAAACCAGCGUGGGGGUGGGGAAAUCCAUCAUGGGGGGGCUAAACCCAGGCUUUGGGGGGGGUAAAACCUGGAUUUGGGGGGAGAAACCCAGGAUUUGGGGGGGGGACAAACAGGAUUGGGGGGGGAGGGGGGAGAAAAAAAGAGAUUAAAUGCAGACUUUUAAACCCAU